UUUCUGUUUUAAAAGUACAAUUAAGUGCCAAUUCAACUGGAUUUUAACUUCAUAUUAAUUAUUAUUACAGUGUUGAGAGUUAAUAGAGAUUUCUCUUGAAUAGAAACAAAAGAGAGUGUUAUGAGUAUGGAGUAAUUUAAAAAUCGCAAUCAGUAUUUACUUUUUAAUGAGUACGGAGUAAUUAAUCACUAAAUUCGGUUGUGGAUAAAACCAGAAAAUAUAGAAACAAAAGAGAGUAUACCCCAACGUCGAAAGCUUAAAAGAGCUUCUUUCUCUGUAGUUCAUCAUCAAAGUUCCAAUAUUUUUCUCAGUUUGGUUCUUUAAAAGAAAGAACAUUUUUUUUCUUUUUUGGCUUUGCUUUUGUUUGGUGGUUGAUCUCUUCUUUUGCUUCUUCAUGUUCUCAUUUUCAUGUCUAAGCCCAUAGAGCAUGAUUACAUAGGUUUAUCAGAGCAGCAGCUCCCUUCAAUGGAGAAAAGCUCUGAUAAAAAGGAUGGUUUACACUUGAAAGAUACUGAGUUGAGACUCGGUUUACCCGGGUCCGAGUCACCGGAGAGGGAGGAUCAUGACCAAAACGUGCUUUCACUGAAGAGUUUUGUGUCAGGGGCAAAAAGAGGUUUUUCUGACGCACUCGAUGGUGGCGGUAAUUGGGUUUUCUCCGGCGGCAGUGGUGGAGGAACUGAAGGGUUGUUUUCUCCUAGACGUGGCGGUAAAAAUAAUGGAGGAAAAGAUCUUUCUGGGUCGGAUUCGGGUUCGGUUUUGAAAGAUGGAGCAGCUCGGAAGCCAUCGGUGGUUCAAGAGAAGAAGCCUCAGGUAGCUGCUACCAGUAGCCAUGGAAAUGGGAAUAUUGCUCCAGCUUCAAAGGCACAGGUAGUUGGAUGGCCACCAAUUCGGUCUUUCCGAAAGAAUACGAUGGCUUCUCACCCUCCGAAGAAUGAUGAUGGUGAUGGUAAUGCAGAGGCCAAGUUAGGAUCAGGAUGUCUGUAUGUCAAAGUUAGUAUGGAUGGUGCUCCAUACCUGAGAAAAGUUGAUCUCAAAAUCUAUGGCAGCUACAAAGAACUCUCCUCGGCACUGGAAAAGAUGUUCAGUUGCUUCACAAUUGGUCAGUGUGGUUCUCAUGGAGUUUCUGGCGGUGAUGGAUUGUCUGAGAGCCGGUUAAUCGAUCUUCUGCACGGUUCCGAGUAUGUACUCACCUAUGAAGAUAAAGACGGUGACUGGAUGCUGGUGGGCGAUGUUCCUUGGGAGAUGUUUACCGACUCGUGUAAGAGAUUGAGGAUCAUGAAGAGUACAGAGGCUAUCGGCCUAGCUCCGAGGGCUAUGGAGAAGUGCAAAAACCGUACCUAGACGAUUCAAUGUCACUGUAACUACUGAAAGCAUAAGAUGGAAGUUUGCUACUAUAGAUAUUUAUAUAUAUAUAUAUAUAUGUGAAUGUCAAAAGCCUUUGACUAUUUAUCAAAAUCCGUGUCUUCUAUUUGCUUCUAAAGCAUGUUUCUAAGCACUGAAGGCUUUGCUAUUGUUAGUAGGGCAAGAUAAAAAAAAAAAAAAAAAAAAUGUACUUUAAGACAUUAAUUUCCAGGUUAUAUAGAUUUGUUGUUGUAUGGCUAUGUGUUUUAUUGUCUCUCUGCUUAAGGCUAAAUGGUUUGCUAACUGUCUAUAAUCUCCAUCUUUCAAUAAAAUAAAGGGCAUUUUUAUGAUAA